CAAUGGGCGUCGAUGAAACUAUCAUAAGAUGACAAUAUUACAAAUAGAGAUUUGCAAUAAUUCAUAAAUUACUUAAAUGUUAAACUUCGUUUUUCUGCUGUACUCUCCUUAGUUAAACUGGCUACAUUAAUGCACAUAACAAACUUAACGUUACAUAACCACAAUUAUAUACGACCGUGCGUAUAACAAAAACAUUAAAGACCGUUCACAUGUAUUUAAUUAAUUAUAUAAUAUAUAUAUAAAGUUAUUUUAAUCGUAUAUUAUAAACGUAAUAUUCUAUGCGCAAUCAGUUCAUCAAUUCUACGAUACUUGUCAUAAUGCAAAUGAAUAAAACACACUGUAUAAAGAAAUGCCCUAUUUACGUCGCACUUAGGACAAGUUAGUUUCGACAGCCAUUUCAUAAAAAAAUUCUUUGUAACUGGAUUAACGGAUUUGUUCGAAUAGAGACUUGAAGAUAAAAAAUGAAAUAUAUUAAAUAUUUCCUUAUAUAAAGAAAGUUAAAUUAAAAGAAAUAAAAUAUAACCUUCAACAGCCAAAACCAAUAGUAUGAAAAAUGAAGUAUUUGGAUUAUCUUAUUUUAACCGUGAUACAAAUGAUGCAACUGUAUUAAUGAAGAGACUUUUUUUUAUGUCGUUUAAUCAAUCAUAAUAACAAAUUUUUUACUUAGGUUAUGUUUUAUUCUUUAUUUUCGUAACAAAGAUCUCUCAGACUGCUUAUUAGUUUGUUAUGUAAAAUAUUGUUUGCAGUAAUAUAUAUCCGAAUUUAAUGAAAAUAAUAAACGUGAAAUUAUCAAAAUGUUGUUAAAAAAAGUAAAUAAUUUACUACAAAUUUUUGGGUCUGGUCAGAAAGUAUGCAGUAGGUACCUAAAUUUUAUACCUGUAGUCGUAGAACAGAGUGGAAGAGGAGAACGUGCAUAUGAUAUUUACUCACGUCUCUUAAAAGAAAGGAUUAUUUGUUUAAUGGGCCCGAUCACAGAUAAUGUGUCGUCUGUAGUGAUAGCUCAACUCUUAUUUCUUCAAUCAGAAAAUAGUAAAAAUCCAAUUCAUAUGUAUAUUAAUUCGCCUGGUGGAAGUGUAACAGCUGGGCUUGGUAUUUAUGAUACUAUGCAAUAUGUUUUACCUCCUGUUGCAACAUGGUGUGUAGGGCAAGCAUGUUCAAUGGCAAGUUUAUUAUUAGCUGCAGGAACAAAGGGUAUGCGUCAUUCAUUGCCUAAUGCAAGAAUUAUGACACAUCAGCCAUCAGGAGGUGUGUCUGGCCAAGCUACUGAUAUACAAAUACAAGCUCUAGAAAUAUUGAAGCUUAAAAAGCAAAUCAACCAUUUAUAUGUCAAGCAUACAGGCUUAGACCUGGAAAAAAUAGAACGUUGUAUGGAAAGAGAUAAUUUCAUGAGUCCUACUGAGGCAAAGGAAUUUGGAAUUAUAGACAAGGUAUUAUCUCAUCCGAUGCAAGAAGAAGAAGCAGAAGCCGAAAGCACAAAAUUACCCUUGAAAGAAGCUGCCCUUGAAGUUACUAAUCAACCUUGAUAUUAGGGUUAAACAACACAUGCAAGCAAUACAUCACCAAGCAUUCUCCCUAUAUGUCGAACAUAUGUAAUACUAUGAUUAUGAGGCGGAAGGGGCAUAAGGUUGUAACGGAAGACAAGAUUUUGUAUCGAAAUAUAUCUAUAUACAAUUAAUAAUUAAUUUUGAUUUGAA